CCGCUUCCUCCACAGCUCUCACACUAGUGCAGUUCUUUCACUCUCAUCUGCUGUUCAGUGUCUCACCAUCACAUGAAGAUCACACUUGAGUUUCCUCACAUCAACUAAGGAAACCAGUGGAUGAUAAAUAUAUAUAUAUUCUUCAUCUUUUUUGUUUAACAAAAACUUUUCUAAAACUUUUUUUUGGAAGCACUGUGGACCACAUUACAGCUGCAUGCAAACCGUAGUAGCUCUAGAGCGAUGUCAUCUUCAUUUUCACACAGCAAAGAUCAGUUGCGCAUUAGAAAGUCGAUCUCUGACUCUUCUCCAACUUCAUCCACUGCCACCACCAAGAGCCUUAGGCAUGAGAGACUUUCUAGGUUGAACUCAUCUGGAACUUCUGAUGUCUCCAACGACACAUCUACAAAUCAUGCUGAGUCCUACUUCCUAAGGAGAGAGAACCGACUGUCUGCAAGGAAAAAGGCAGAAGAAGAGACUGCAAAUAAUGACUACAAAAAGAUGUAUGAAAAGGCACUGGCCACCAAUCAAAGGCUCAAGUCCAGGCUGGAAAUAAGUAAACAGGAACUUGCCAUGAUUCAGGACCAACUGCAGAGAGCACAGAAGGGAAAACCAGGAGACUGUGGCUCCAGCAUGCUUGAGGCAGAAAAAAAGGAAAGUUGGAGUCUAAAAAAGAGGAUAUCAGAUAUGGAAGAACAGUUGAAGGUUAAAGAAGAGCUUAAGAUGGAGAAUCAGAGACUGAAGGAUGAGAAUGGAGCUUUAAUCCGGGUCAUCACUAAACUGUCCAAGUGAGACAGUUCAGACAGACAGUAAUUAAGAGGUCAUAUCUUUACCUUCAUUUGUCCUACCUUCUGUCUAUCUUGUCACUCUAUGUAUGUACAUAGUUUUCCAGUGAUUUUGGAAACUUGACUCUUGAUUUUUUUCAUCACUGUCUGUUGAAUAACAAACAUUUGCAGGGAUAAAAACACAUUUUACUUUAGCUGUCAAAGCUUCCUGUUACUGUCCUGGAUCUACAGUGGUAACACAUUGCCAGACAGAAAAUAUAUUGAAUUAAAAUUCAUAUUGUAUAUUCAUUUAAACAUUUCUACAUAAAGCCAAUUGCCAACAUAA